AUGGCUGUUGAGAUCUCGGUAACCCUUAAGGGCGAAUCAAAUAUAGAGUCAGCCGUGGAAAAAUCCAAUCUGACUUCCAAUGAAGAGCUAUCAGAUUUGGAGAGCCUUCAGGCAGGUGUGCAAAGGGCUGAAAUCCUGCGGAAGGGCUGGACAAAACAGGGACUGAUUGUGACUUUCAUUGGGCUUUUCCUCGCAACCCUCGUUAACAACUUUGGUGAUUAUUCUACUCAGGUGUACGUCCCUUAUGCUACCUCUUCGUUCAAACAGCAUUCUGCGAUGUCCGCCGCACGUGUUGUCGGCAAUAUCGCUCGGAUCGCAGCUUAUCCCAUCAUCGCAAAGCUGGGAGAUGUCUUCGGAAGAGCGGAGAUGUUCGCAGUGUCUAUUUUGACUCAGUCUAUUGGGUCUGGUAUCUACGCGGGUUGUCACAAUGUAUCACAGUACAUCGCUGCCGGUAUCUUUGAAGCUAUUGGAUCUACAGGCUUCAGCCUCACGCAGCAGGUAUUCGUGGCCGAUGUCACAAAUCUUAUCAAUCGAGCUGUCUGGUCGACCCUCCCUGACUCCUUAACGGUCAUCCCAGCAUUAUAUGUGGGAACGGAGAUUGCAGAGCAUAUCCUAUCUGACUCGACAUGGCGCUGGGGUUAUGGCAUGUGGGCGAUCAUACAGCCUACGUGCUCUAUUCUUCUAAUCGGCGCGAUGCUCUAUUACCAGCGGCGUGCUCCAGCGAGAAAACAUAUCACAGAAUUGUUAAGGUGGAAGGGCACUGACAGCUGGUGGAAGCGCAUAUAUGACCUAAUUUGGGUGCAGUUGGAUCUCUUUGGUGCAGUCCUCCUCCUCCUGGGGUUGUCCCUUUUUCUGGUUCCGUUAUCUUUGACUGGGUCUGGAAAUAGCGAUGAUUGGCACAAGGGGUCAUUCAUUGCCAUGCUCGUCCUAGGAGUUGUCUUUUUCAUGACAUUCAUUGUGUGGGAUGCGUGGUUCGCAAAAAAGCCGUUCAUCCCCUAUAGAAUGGUCAAGAACCGCACCGUUGCUGCCGCCUGCUUAUUGGGAGCACUUGAUUUCUUCCACUAUUCAGUGUUUUCGGUUUUCUUCACCAGUUACCUCCAGGUUGCUGGCCACUACAAGCCUGGACCAGCUACAAGGAUCGACAACUCCCUCCGUGUGGCCUUCCAAGUCUCGGGGAUCUUCGCUGCUUACUUCAUCAAGUUUACUCGACGGUCUCAGAUAUGGGUUCUAACCGGCGUGCCUCUUUCUGUCCUUGGCAUGGGCGUUCUCCUCUACCUCAUUGAUAUGGGCGAUGGCAAAAUCGGAAACGAGGCGGCCUUUGUGACAGCCAAAUCCUUGAUCGGUAUUGGCCGUGGGUUUUACCAAACUGCAUCCCAAGUUUCAGUUCAGAGUAAAGUUUCGCGACAGGAAGUUGCUGUCGUGACAGCUGUGUUCUUUGCUUCGAUGAGUGUUGGCGGAGCGAUUGGUACAAGUGUGGCCGGAGCGAUCUGGCGCAACACGCUGCCCAAGAAACUCAACCAAUAUCUCCCAGCGGAACUGAAGAAUCAAACAGAGAAAAUAUUCGGAAGUAUUGUCGUGGCGCAGAAAUACGAAGUGGGCACGGCCGCGAGGGAUGCUAUUGAUAUGAGUUACCGUCAGUCGCAGCGACUGCUGGCCAUUGCAGCAUUAGCUGCGUUAGUACCCAUGUUGAUUAUCAUGUUCUUCCUGGAGAACGUCCACUUAAACGAACAGGCGACCCUAGCUCAGCCAGAGUUGAACGACGAGGUUGUGGUGAAGAAGGAAGGGGAAACUGAUGUUGUGGUGAAGAAUGAAGGUGAAACUAAGAAGCAACCACACUAA